CAUGGGUGCAGCACCCAUGCUCAGCUUGUGAGCUUCACCCCAGGAGAGCAGCCAUGGCAUUGAGGAACGUACCUUUUCGCUCAGAGGUCCUGGCCUGGGACCCCGACGACCUUGCAGACUAUUUCAAGAAGCUGAACUACAAGGACUGUGAAAAGGCAGUGAAGAAGCAUCACAUCGAUGGGCCGCGGUUUUUGAACCUGACAGAAAAUGACAUACAGAAGUUCCCCAAACUGCGAAUGCCGAUUCUCAGUAAGUUAAGUCAAGACAUCAACAAGAAUGAAGAGAGGAGGAGCAUUUUUGCACGCAAACCCCAAGUGCAGCGGUUUCAUGACGAUAGAGAAAGCCACGAAGAGGACAAUGGGGGCUGGUCUUCCUUCGAGGAGGAAGAUGACUAUGAAAGUCCCAACGAGGAUCAGGAGGAGGGUGACGGUGACUAUGAGUCUCCCAUUGAGGAUGAGGGUGCAGGGCUGCCCCCCGUGGAGGACGAUGCCGAUUAUGAGCCACCACCCUCCAACGACGAGGAAGCACUGCAGAACUCCAUCCUGCCUGCCAAGCCUAUCCCCAACUCCAUGUAUAUUGACCGGCCCCCCUCCGGGAAGGUCCAGCAGCAGCAGCAGCCGCCUGUGCCCCCCCAGAGACCUGGGGUGGGCCUCCCUCCACCCACAGCUGCCCGGAAUCACAUGCCACUCCCCCCACCCCAACUCAACCACGAAGAGCCUAGCAGAAGCAGAAACCACAAAACAGCAAAGAUCCCUGCUCCUUCCAUAGACAGAAGCACGAAACCUCCCCUGGAUCGGUCAUUAGUUCCAUUUGACAGAGAGCCCCUCACACCAGUAAAGAAACCUGGGAUUUCUGAGAAGCCCCCCACCCCUGCAGGAAGGCCUUUCGGGGAACAUUUACCCAAGAUACAGAAGCCUCCUUUGCCACCAACCUCGGAAAGACAUGAAAGAAGCACUCUUCCGGGAGUGGGGAAGAAGCCACCUGUGCCAAGGCACGGAUGGGGACCAGACAGAAGAGAAAAUGAUGAAGAUGAUGUGCACCAAAGGCCUUUGCCCCAGCCAGCCCUGCCCUCCAUAAGCUCCAACACUUUCUCUUCAAGACCUCCCAAACCAUCCUCCAAGUUCUCCCUCCCAGCACCUCAUGUCCCUGGAGCAUACUCAGAAAGUAACAGUGGUUUUGUUCAGAGUGCAUCCCUGCCACCAUACUUCUCUCAAGGCUCGAGUAGCAGAGUACAGCCCAGAGUUGAUAACAGGAACUUCUCCUUGCCAGCUACAAGCAAACAUCGGCCACCAUCUCCUGGGGAAGAAGAGAAUCCAUUAAAUGAAGAGUGGUACGUUUCUUAUAUUACUCGACCAGAGGCAGAAGCUGCUCUUAGGAAGAUAAACCAGGAUGGCACUUUUCUGGUCAGAGACAGCUCUAAAAAAACAGUAGCUAACCCGUAUGUCCUCAUGGUAUUGUACAAAGACAAAGUUUACAACAUCCAGAUCCGUUAUCAGGAGGAAAGCCAAGUUUACUUAUUGGGAACAGCACUUCGAGGGAAAGAGGACUUUUUGUCUGUGUCAGAUAUUAUUGACUACUUCAGGAAAAUGCCGCUUCUGCUCAUUGAUGGGAAAAAUAGAGGUUCCAGAUACCAGUGCACAUUGACGUACUCUGCGGGCUGUCUGUAGCACGUCAGUCAAGGCACCCUUCUCCUGUGUCUGUUGCCAGCAUGGGAAGAUCAGGCAAUCCUAGUGAAGGAACGAACACUUAGAACUGAACCAAACACCUCAAUGACAAUACAAGUUUUUGCCCUUUCACUUAAAAAAAAAAAAAUUGAAAUGAAGACUGUCGAUAUCCCAUAAUUUAUUUAUUUUUUCUUCAUUGUCUGUAAGUGCAUGAGUCGUAAUGUUACACUUGAAUCUAGUUGUGCACUGUAAUAAUUUUAACAAAUGUGUGUUUUGAUUACCCAUCUCAAAGUACAGUGGUUAAACAACUAUGGAAACAAUUUGGAGCAAGUUUAAAAACACUGAAAUAGUAAUAGCUUUUGGUUCCACAUAAAGUUGAUUUUUUGUAGCCAAAACUUUAUCAGAGACAAUCAUCAGUUUUAGAUGUAUAAUUUAAAAAUUACUAAAAACUUACAUUUUUAGUAAUUUAAGAGGUUUUGCAGUUAUUUCUUUUUUUUUAAUUAUUAUUUGAUAGUGUUUGCUGGGGGACUUUGUGUACUUUUUUAUGGACAGAUACAUGCAUGUUUGGAUAACUUCCUGGGAUUAAACUUAAUUUACCUUUUGCUUUACUUUUGGGUUCCUAAACAACUUUAUUGAGUAAAGUGCCAUCAUAUCAAGGGACUCACACCCCACCUUCACUCCCACCCCACUUUAAAAGCAUUUUCAAGUAAUGUAGAUUUUACCAAAGUCUUCCUAGAAGAUGAAAGAACAAUACACACGCAUGGGGAAA